CCGAGGGCAAGAAAGAAAGAAAAAGCGGGCCCCAACCGCGAAACCGCUCCGCCGAGUACAGAGCGAUGGCCUGAAAUUACAGAAACGUCCUCCUCCUCCUCCUCCUCAUCAUCAUCCCACCAAUUCGGCCAGCCAUUAAUAAUUAUUCUCACAAGCUUCUCCAAUUUCUCCCCCAUACGUGUAUGAAUUUGCAUGCGCAUAUACAUACGGAUAUCAUACAGACAUACACACUCUUCGUUGCGAAGAUGAGAGGCCGCGAUUACAUCAACCCCGCCCUGCCGGACGAGUUGAUCCUCGAGAUCUUCCGGCUGCUCGACUCCAAGACGAGGCGCGAUGCAUGCUCGCUCGUCUGCAAGCGCUGGCUUAACCUCGAGCGCCUCAGCCGUGACACCAUCCGAGUCGGCGCCUCCAGCCACCCCGACUUGCAGAUCAAGCUGCUUGCCCGCCGCUUCGUUAAUAUCCGGAACGUCUACGUCGACGAGCGGCUCUCUAUUUCCCUUCCCGUUCAAUUCGGAAGAAGAAGACGUGGUGGUGAUCCUUUUGUACCAACAUCUCUCAACCUUCCAUAUGCGAUGGAGAAGAGUGAGUCUGAAGGUGGUGAAACAGGAUCAUACUGUUUAUCUGAUGCUGGUCUGGCUGCUAUAGGAGACUGCUUUACAAGUCUGGAGAAAUUGAGCCUUAUCUGGUGCUCAAAUGUGACUAGUGCAGGGUUACAAUCUAUAGCCAAGAAGUGUAGUUCCUUGAGAUCUUUGGAUUUGCAGGGUUGCUAUAUUGGAGACCAAGGUAUAGGUGCUCUGGGGAAGUGCUGUACGCAACUUCAAGAUCUUAACUUGCGUUUUUGUGAAGGCCUGACAGAUGCAGGGUUGAUUGAGUUAGCAGUUGGUUGUGGGAAAACCCUAAAAUCUCUUGGACUUGCAGCUUGUGCAAAAAUAAGUGAUAUAUCUUUGGAUGCUGUAGGAUCUCAUUGCAAAUCUCUUGAGACAUUGUCAUUGGAUUCAGAGUUCAUACAUAACACAGGGGUCCUUGCAGUGGCAAAAGGAUGCCGUCUUCUGAAAGUUCUGAAGUUACAAUGCAUCAAUGUUACAGAUGAAGCACUGCAAGCUGUUGGCAUAUUCUGUUCAUCAUUGGAGUUGUUGGCUCUUUUCAAUUUCCGAAGGUUUACUGACGAGAGUCUGUGUGCUAUUGGAAAAGGGUGUAAGAAGCUAAAGAGUCUCACUUUGAGUGAUUGCUAUUUCUUAAGUGACACGGGUUUGGAAGCAGUUGCAACUGGUUGCUCUGAACUUGUGCAUCUUGAAGUCAAUGGAUGCCACAAUAUUGGUACAAGUGGAUUGGAGUUCGUCGGAAGAUCUUGCAAAUGCCUUUCAGAGUUAGCUUUGCUAUACUGCCAGAAGAUAGGUAACCAUGCUCUUUCUGAGAUAGGAAAAGGCUGCAAACACUUGCAAGCUCUUCACUUAGUAGAUUGCUCAAGCAUUGGGGAUGAUGCCAUCUGCAGCAUAGCUGCAGGAUGCAAGAACUUGAAGAAACUUCACAUUCGACGAUGUUAUGAGGUUGGGAACAAGGGAAUCAUAGCCGUUGGUGAGAAUUGUCAAUUCCUUACGGAGCUUAGCCUUCGGUUUUGUGAUCGGGUAGGGGAUGAGGCACUAAUAGCUGUUGCUCAAGGUUGCCCCUUGCAACAUUUAAAUGUUAGUGGCUGCCACCAAAUAGGGGAUGCGGGGAUAAUAGCAAUUGCAAGAGGCUGUCCUCAACUUACUUACCUAGAUGUAAGCGUGCUUCAGCAUUUAAGGGAUACGGCUAUGGCAGAGUUAGGGGAUGGCUGUCCUUUACUCAAGGAUGUGGUGAUAUCUCACUGCCGCCAGAUAACAGAUGUCGGACUAGGCCAUCUUGUGAAGAAGUGCACCUUGCUUGAAUCCUGCCAAAUGGUCUACUGUCCUGGUAUCACUGCUGCCGGGGUAGCCACUGUGAUAUCUUGCUGCACCAAGAUAAAGAAGGUCAUGGUUGAGAAGUGGAAGGUUAGCCAGAGGACCAAGAGGAGGGCUGGCUCCGUCAUCUCCUACCUCUGUGUUGACCUAUAGACACCAGAUUCCCUGGUAACAAAGACGAGGAAAGAAGAAAAAAGAAAAGAAGUAAUUUCUGAUCCGUGCACUGCUCAUCCCCCCUCAUUCAUCAAGCUCUAUCAAGUGCGACAACUGAGGCUUGAUCUUGCGCUUGCAUGCAUGGGGAUAAGCAAGCCUGUUACCUCUGCUGAAUCUCAAUACUUUCUGUCUAUAAGUGCUCUUUUUAAGUUCAAUUUUGUAAUAAAGGUUUCAAUAUACAGGAUGAGGAUGUAGAUGCAACUUGCUUAGAUAAACCCAAGGGAUUUGUUGGUCUGCUUUUACAACGGUCUUGUAACUUCUCAUUCCCUAUGUUUUUUUAUUCUGCCUGGGGAGUCUGGGUUUUCAGUUGUUGCAAGCAACAAGUUAAAAGUUAAUUUAGUUUACAAAUGUUUCUUUUUAUGUAUAUAUAUAU